AUGGCUGGACCGCUGAGAGAUGAACACUUAGUGAAUUUCUGGAGUGGUUCACCCUCGAUUCGCAGUGGUGGAUGUCUGGUUGCUGGCGUUGGCGCAAGCAGUAAGAGCGUCGCUUGCCAAGCCAAAGUGCCGGCGCUUGCCUUUCAACACUUAGUUUUUCUGGACCAAAAAUAUCGCUUAAACAGGCCAAAAACAGUUAUCACUAGAAAAAUUUUGCGCCCACCGAAGAAGGGCUCCGCUGUUCAAAGGCCACACACUCGUACGCUAACUGUUGUCCAUUUGAAGCUACACCGGAGGACAUUUUCUAUCCUGCUGAGAUUGUUGACAAGCAGUUUCUUGGACCCGAAGGCAAAGAAUGACAUUGAGAACCAGGUGGAGACAUUCUCUGGUGUCUACAUGAAGCUCUGUGAAAAGAUGUCGUCUUUGAAUUUCCCGUAA